ACAAUUAUAUAUGUACAUAAAAUUUCGGCGAGCGUCGACGAAAUAAAAAUUAAAAUUAAAUUUAAAAUCGAGCAAUAAACGCUGAGCCCGCCGACGACAUUGAAAACGCCAAGAGGAAAAUUAAAUUGACAAAAACAUUUAUCAAACACGCUAGAGCGUGUGAAAAGUUUUUUAUGUGCAAAAGACAAAAGCAAAUUGCUUAAUAAUAAAAUGCAACAACAACAACUUGCACUGAUUUCGAUUAAAGUACAAUAGUCGACAACAACAACAGCUAAGUUGAAGAGAGCGCACAAUCGCGAUAAGACAGUCGUUAUCAGAGGCUAGCCACGCCCACGCCAUGGCCGACGACGAAGAUCUCAGCCCGCUGCCAUUCCGACGCGAACGCAACUUGAGCAAUCGGAAUUUCAACAAACGCAGCUCACGACAUCGCAUUAGCAGCAGCGGAUCCGUCGUCGAACUGGAGCGCCCCAGUAGUAUGACGAACGCGGAGAGCGCCAGUCGACGCAACAGCAACGCGAGCAGUAGUUCCAGUUCCUUUCAGCUCUCCUAUUCAGUCAACUCCGAUUCGGAGCAGGCGUUCAACCAACGCUCGACGCUCAAACUGCGCACCAUGGGCGAUGAGCAAGCAGAGCAAGCGCCAGCGCUGCAGCGCGGCACGCCCAUUACGCCCACCGGCGCUGAUCCAGCGCUGCUCGAUGUGCGCCAAAAGGUGCAGCGCUUCGAGACCUUGAAGUCCAACAUUUGUAUACUGCGGCAGGAGCGGCACAGCUUGAAGCUGCUGGAAAACCGCCGCCAUCCCAGUUUCUCCCACCUGGACGCCAAUGCGCCCAUUCGCACGCCACCCACGCCGCGUCGCAUUCGGCUGCCUGGCAUGAGCUCUGGCAGUAGUUCCAUUCACAGCAAUAACCAUAGCAUUGAUGAGGUGCGCUCCGAAGAUGAAGUCGAUCAGAUAUCCGACUUUGAAACAGAUGCAGCGCCGAUCCCCGAGCACAUCAUCAGUGAAAGCAGCUCGGCGGUGCUGAUCGCCAGCUCCGAAUCUGCAGAAGAGAUGAAACUUGAGCAACAGCAGCAGCAGAUGCAACGUUCCAUUAGCGCCGAUCAAUCGGGCACGUUGCCCAUGAGACGGAAAGACAAAGAUUUCGCUAGAAACUACCAGUCAAAACCGAGAAGAAAGACUGAAAUCGUUGGCACCACAAACCAGCAACUGAUUGAAAAGUUUCACUCAUUCUAUCAGCCCAAUGAUGACGAUGAUGAGAUCGAGCUACGCGACAAAAGCGACAAGUUCGUGCAACCCGUGCUCGAGGAACUCAUACGUACCGAGGAGGCCUAUGUGAACACGCUGUUUACAGGUCUGGAGGACUAUGGCAACUUGUUUCAGCACAAGGAUCUACCGGUGGGUUUGCGUGGCAAAAAGUAUGAUCUCUUUGGAAAUAUUGAGCAAAUCGCCGAGUUCCAUCGGGACGAAUUUCUGCCUAUGCUUCAUCGUAAUCGACGCGAUCUCAAGCGAUUGUUUGACGAAUUCAUAGAGUUCCUGCAUCAAAACUGCUUCUAUGGCUAUGUUAUAUUCACCAUGAAUAAGCAGAAAUCCCUAAAGCUCUGCGAUCAAUAUAAGAACUUCUUUACAAGAAUAAGCAAGGAAUGUGGUGAUAAGCUGGGCAUCAAUAGCUUUCUGACGCAGCCCAUACAACGUAUGAUGCGUUAUCCUUUGUUGCUCAAUGAGUUUAUCCAAAAAUUCUUCAAGAAUCGUAAUAGUGAAAUGAAACCGCUUUUGGACUCCUGUUGUCGUUUGGAGAAGCGUGUACGCAAUCUGCUUGAUACCACCAACGAAUCGGAGACAAUAAAUGAUAUUGUGGACUGUCAUGAGUUCAAUGUUUACUAUCAAGGCAAGUUCCGCAAAGUCAGCGAGUUUCAGGUGAACGAUCACAAGCUCAAGCGCAGCUAUCGUGCCAAAGCUUUUAUAUUCGACAAGUGCAUUAUUUAUACGGAGAUCAAGGGCAAGCAAUUGAUCUUCCAUGGUCGCUAUCCUUGCGAGCAUGUAGGCAUUUCGGCUCGCACAAGGUCCUUUACACUUUACUAUCAGCGCCGCAAGCAGCAGGAGUGCGAAUUUACCGCCGAUGCUGCCCAGAUUGAAGUCUGGCUGGAUCUCAUACGCGACAUGAUCAACAAUUAUGCAAAUGAGGAGCGACAGAAGCUGCAGGAGCGCUACUCACGUGAGAACGAUCAUUUGCAUCGCAAGGCGCCAAGCUUUUCGCUUUACCGCGACUCGAAUCGCUUUAGUUCGGACAGUGGCAUUGGCAACAUGUGGACAAUGCCCAAGCCGGAUGAGGAUACAGCCAGCAAUCGCACCACUUGGUAUGCAGCCACUUAGACGAAGCGAUUGCCAAGUGUAAAGAUAAAAGACAAAGCCAAUUAGUGUAAUAUUAUAAUAAUAUUGCUGUUAGUUUAAUACCUUGUUCUUAGUUCUAUAAAUCGCACACAUAGAUAAACUUUUAUUGUUAACGCUAAAUUACCAAAUGCUUGCAUGUUAUAU